AAUGGCCCCGAAGGCAGGUGAAAAACCAAAAGCAGCAGCUCGUAUGGUCACCAAGAAAAUUGGUGGUGACAAAAAUGGUGGGGAAAGGACUGUCAGAGCUAAACGCUUGCCAAGAUACUACCCAACAGAGGACCGCCCUAGGAAGCUGUAUAACAGGAAGAAGAGUUUCUCACAGCACAAGUCAAAGUUGAGGGCAUCUAUCACACCUGGAACCAUUCUUAUUCUGGUUGCUGGCAGGCACAAGGGAAAGCGUGUUGUCUUCUUGAAACAGUUGAGCUCUGGACUAUUGCUCGUCACAGGUCCAUUCCACCUGAAUGCUUGUCCGUUGAGGAGAAUUAACCAAAUGUAUGUGAUUGCCACAAAAACAAAGAUUGACAUUAGUGGUGUUAAGGUUCCAGAUCGUGUCAAUGAUGAAUAUUUCCGUCGCAAACAGUUGAGGAAGCCUAAACAUACAGAAGGCGAAAUCUUUGAUACAAAGAAAGAGGAAUACACUGUCAGUGACGAGAGGAAAGAAGACCAGAAAGAUGUAGAUAAACAGGUCCUGGAAGCCAUCAGGAAGAACCCUGAUAAGAAAUAUUUAUUUGGAUACCUUGGAGCUAUGUUCUCAUUGGGCAGCAGUCAGUACCCACACAAAAUGUUGUUCUAAAUGCACUGUAUAGACGAGCAAAAUAAAGAGAAAAAUCUA